AUGGUAUCUUUGAACAUGGAGAAAACAUGUGCAAAUCCUCUAGCUAUAACCUUUCUUAUUUGUCUUUUCCUUCUUGGUACCUCUUUCAACAUGACUCUUAUUUUCCCUUUCCACACAAUCACUUCAAUAAUCUUCUCAAUAUUCCCAUCUUAUAUUACUAUUACAAAUAAUCAACAUAGUAAUUCAUACUUUGUUGAAUCAAAAAUCAAUCAAUUAUCUCAAUAUCCUCCUAUUAUUAAUAAUAAUCCUUCGAUACCGCGAUUCGCUUACUUGAUUUCGGGAUCAAAGGGUGAUCUUGAAAAGUUAUGGAGGUGUUUGAGAUCAAUGUAUCAUCCAUGGAAUUACUAUGUUGUUCAUUUGGACUUGGAGUCAAAUGUACAAGAGAGAUUGGAACUUGCUUUAAGAUUGAAAAAAGAUGAAAUUUAUACACAAGUUGGAAAUGUGUAUAUGAUUAGUAAAGCAAAUAUGGUGACAUAUAGAGGACCAACUAUGGUUGCUAAUACACUUCAUGCUUGUGCUAUUCUACUUGAGAAACAUAAAGAUUGGGAUUGGUUUAUCAAUUUGAGUGCUUCUGAUUAUCCUUUGGUUACUCAAGAUGAUCUACUCUACACAUUUUCUGAUUUGAAAUCAGACUUGAAUUUCAUUGAGCACACAAGUGAGCUAGGUUGGAAAGAGGCCAAAAGGGCAAUGCCAAUAAUUAUAGACCCAGGGUUGUACAAAACCACAAAGUCUGAUAUAUUUUGGGUCACACCAAAAAGACAUGUUCCCACAGCCUUUAAACUCUUUACUGGUUCAGCUUGGAUGAUCCUUUCACAUGCAUUUGUGGAAUACUGCAUAUGGGGAUGGGACAAUCUCCCUAGGAACCUACUUCUGUACUACUCGAAUUUCGUGUCCUCUCCAGAAGGCUACUUUCAGACUCUUGUAUGCAAUGCACCAGAAUUCACUUCAACUGUUAUUAACCAUGACAUGCACUAUAUCUCCUGGGAUGUUCCUCCAAGACAGCAUCCACAUACACUUACCCUGAAUGACACUGCAAAUAUGAUAGCAAGUGGAGCAGCGUUUGCGCGCAAGUUCAAGCAAGAUGAUCCUGUUUUAGACAAGAUUGAUAUGGAAUUACUUAGUAGAAGUAAUGGUAGCUUCACACCUGGUGGUUGGUGUGCUGGAAAUCCUCCUUGUUCUAAAGUUGGAAAUCCAACAAAACUUAGGCCAGGUCCAGGGGGUCAAAGGCUUCGACGUCUUAUUGGUAAACUAGUAUUGUCAGCUAAAUAUAGUCAGAACCAGUGUAGUUAGAUUUCUGUU